GUGAGAUAUUUACCUCCUUUUCUGAAAUGGUCUUCACUCCUUUUUCUUUGGAAAGUCAAAGGAGAACAUCUUCCCUAAAGAAACUGUGAGAAUGAUCGACUUUCAGGAAAUUGUUACCCGAUACAGAUGCGUCUGUGCAGGUGGCAGGACCAAGAGCAGGGCCUCCCCCGACAAUCUUAAUCUCCUAGGUGGUUCACAGGAGGAGAUACGUUUGGACAGGACAAACUUCCAGAAGCAACUGUCAAAUGGACGAACAAUCAUGAAACGCCUAAAGGAUUAUAUCUAUUACCUUUAUUUUCAAUACAUGCUGAUCACUUGCUGCAUUGACUUUGAGCCCUGGGAGCAAAUGAUAGCACAUGUUGUCACUGCCACUCUUUUUUCCAUGUUGGUCUUCACAGCAUAUAUAUUUAUUCCUCCUCAUCUGCAUCUGGCUUUUCAGUUCUUUUUGCAGUAAUGAGGAUACUGUAUGUAUGAGGGAACCUUUUUGUGUAGUAUCACUGUAUUUGUCUAAAUGGAAACAUUUUAAAGCACGUGCUCGUGUUUCUUUCCCUGGUUCAAUUUCAUCUUGCAUUACUGUAUGGGUUUGCUGGUUCUGGCAACUAAUUUGUGAAUCAUGGAGACGAAAAGGGGUGUGGGGUGUGAAUCUCAAACUACAUAGUUCUGAGUAAUGGUGAAAGAAAGAGAUAGCAGAAAAAAAGGAAAGAUGGAAAAGAGAAAAUGCAAAUAUACAUGAUUAAAAACAUGUAUGAAAAGACCAUUGAAGAAUGCGGAACUAAAUAAGUUGCUGUGAGUUUUCUGGAUCGUAUGGCCAUGUUCCCACUAGCAUUCUUUCCUGACGUUUUGCCCACAUCUAUGGCAUCCUCAGAGGUUGUGAGGUCUGUUGGAAGAGGGAUCCUCUCACCUCUGCAGGAGUCUGCCGCAUAACAUGCAGCUGUGGACAAGUCUACAUAGGGGCCAUCAAAAGCAGCAGCAUUGCCCAGACAUGAAUCAAGGAACAUGAAAGGCACUGCAAACUACUUUAGCCUGAGAAGUUGUCCAUAGCAGAGCACCUGAUAAACCAACUUGGACACAGCACAUUAAUUGAGAACACAGAAAUGCUGGACCACUGUAACAACCACCAUGUCAGACUACACAGAGAAGCCAUUGAAGCAUGUGGACAAUUUCAACAAAAAGGAGGAAACCAUGAAAAUGAACAAAAUCUACCAGUAUUAAAAAAAAAACUUAGGACAGUAAAUAAAGAACACUUUAAAAAAAACAGGGGAAUUCCAGACAGGAAACAAUCAGGGCCAGCUAACACCUCCCAACAAAGGAUUCCACAGACAGGAAGCAGCCAAGCUUUGAAGCUGCAAGGCCAUUCAAUGCUAAUCAAGCUGGCCAAUUGCAACAUUCACACUUGCCUCAAGGAAACAAGAUUUUUUUCUCCCACCCUGGACAUUCCACAGAUAUACUGUAUAAACCUCCAACAGACUAUUCUACUAGAGUAUUAUGAAUUAUUAGGGGUCGAAAUAAUAAAACUGUUAGCUAUUUUAUAUAUCCAAUGUAUGCAUAUCAAUAAAAAAGUUAUUCCU